UUCGGGACUUGAAUUGAUCGACGGGCCUUUGGGCCCUCUAUAAAUCCAACCCGUCUUCCUCGUCUCCGUCGACGUUCCUCGCCGUUUCCGUCUCCGUCUCCGGAAAGGAAAAAGAGAAGGAAGGGGGAGAGAAGAAGAGGAAGAAGAAACUGAAUUUGGUGAGACCAAGCCGGGGGUGGGACUAGCGGGAGCACGUGGAGUGGGAUCGCCGCCGAUAAGCCGCCGGUGGGACUAGCGGGAGCACGCGGAGUGGAUCGAGGCGGAUGGCGGCUGCAGAUAGGCAGCUUGUGGUUGCCGUCGAGGGAACGGCGGCGCUGGGGCCCUACUGGUCCACCAUUGUGGCGGAGUACGUCGAGAAGAUCGUGCGGAGCUUUUGUGCAAGUGAACUGCCAGGCCAGAAGCUUGCAGGGCCUCCGCCUGAGCUUGCAUUAGUUGUUUUUCAUACCCAUGGACCCUACAGUGCUUUUGAUGUGCAGCGAAGUGGAUGGACAAAAGAUACCGAUGCUUUCCUAUCAUGGUUAUCUGGAAUAUCAUUCAGUGGUGGAGGAUUCAGUGAAGCUUCUACUUGUGAAGGUCUUGCAGAAGCACUGAAGAUACUUCAAGGUAGUCCUAAUGCAACCCAAAGUCAUCAAAACCAUGAAGCACAAAAGCAUUGCAUACUUGUCGCUGCAAGUAAUCCUUAUCCUUUGCCGACACCUGUAUACUGUCUUCCUACUCAAAGUACUGAUCACAAAGAGAACAUUGAGACAUCAAAAGAACCUUCUAUUGCUGAUGCUGAGACCGUUGCAAAGUCAUUUGCUCAGUGCUCUGUCUCACUGUCGGUGAUAUCUCCAAAACAGCUUCCAACAUUAAAGGCGAUAUACAAUGCGGGCAAGCGAAACCCUCGAGCUGCUGAUCCAUCAGUCGACCAUGCGAAAAAUCCACACUUCCUUGUUUUGCUAUCUGAGAAUUUCAUGGAGGCGCGAACUGCUCUAAGUCGUCCUUUACAUGGAAACAUGGCCCCAAAUCAAAGCAUUACAAAGAUGGACACUGCACCUGCAGUGACUAUGCCAGGACCGACUUCAAAUGCCAACCCCUCAGUGAAUGCAGUGACAGGCCGUCAACCAGUUGUUGGAGGUAUUUCUACCGCAACUGUUAAACUGGAACCAGCAACCAUGCCACCAAUAGUUUCUGCACCUGCUUUCUCACAUGUAACACCUAUUUCAAAUGUGGCUUCACAAGGAAUAUCAGCACUUCAAACCUCAUCACCAUCUCUUAUUUCACAAGAAGCAAAUAUGGCAAAUGAUAAUGUGCAAGAACACAAGCCUAUAAUAAACCCUGUUCAACAGCCAGUUCGGCCUGGUGGUCAUGGCAGCCUCCUCAACAAUCUGUCACAGGUUCGGUUGAUGAACUCAACUUCUUUAGGAGGAGGAGCUACCUCAAUGGGACUUCCUAACAUGGGGGCAACACCAAUACAAGUCCACAUGUCAAACAUGAUAUCAAGCGGCAUGACAUCAACACCCUCUGUCAUCUCCUCUAUGUCUGGACCUGGACAACCUAUUGGUACUCAACAGAUGGUACAGAGCACAGCUCUUGGUUCCUUUGGCUCAAACACUUCUACUGUAUCAGGCAAUUCAAAUGUUGCUGUAUCAUCCUCUCUGACUAACAACCAAAGCAGUAUGGGCAUGGGUCAAUCAGUGCAACCUGUGGCACAAGGAGGCUUGGUGGCUGGUUCACAAUUAGGACAAGGUGGAAUUGGUGCAAACCAAAAUGUGAUGAGUAGCCUUGGAUCUACAGCUAUCUCUUCAGCACCUGCGAUGAUGCCAACACCUGGGAUGGUCCCACAGACAGGAGUCAAUUCCUUAGGUGUGAAUAACAAUCCUGCUAUGAAUAUGCCUAUUCCACAGCAUGCCAAUGCCCAACAGCCGCCACCAAAGUAUGUCAAAAUUUGGGAGGGAACUUUAUCUGGCCAAAGGCAAGGACAGCCUGUAUUUAUUUGUAAACUCGAAGGUUAUAGGAGUGGAACAGCAUCUGAAACACUUGCAGCGGACUGGCCAGAAACUAUGCAGAUUGUUCGCCUCAUAGCCCAGGAGCAUAUGAACAACAAACAAUAUGUUGGCAAGGCCGACUUUCUUGUUUUUCGGACUUUAAAUCAGCACGGGUUUCUUGGACAACUACAAGAGAAGAAGCUGUGUGCUGUGAUACAGUUACCAUCGCAAACUCUGCUGCUGUCAAUGUCUGACAAAGCAGGUCGUUUGAUUGGCAUGCUCUUCCCUGGGGACAUGGUGGUGUUCAAACCGCAGGUCCCAACUCAGCAGACACCAAUGCAGCAGCAGCAGCUACAACAACAGCAACUUCAACAACAACAGUUACAGCAGCAGCAGCUGCAACAACAACACAUGCAUAUGCAGCAGCAAGGCCUCCCACUUCAGCAGUCGCAGAUGCAACUUCAGCAACAGCAGCAGCCACAGAUGCAACCGAUGCAGCAGCAGCCAACACAGAUGCAACACCAGCAGCAGCAACCUUCGCAGAUGCAGCCGAUGCAGCAUCAGCAGCCGCAGCCACAGCAGAUGCAAUCGAUGCAGCACCAGCAGCAGAUGCAGCACCAGCAGCAGCAGCAGCAGCAGAUGCAACCAAUGCAGCAACAGCAGCAGAUGCAACACAUGCAGCAUCAACAGCAACAGAUGCAGCAAAUGCAACAGCAGCAGCAACAGAUGCAGCAAAUGCAGCCUCAACAGCAGCAGCAACCCCAGAUGGUGGGUACAGGAAUGGGGCAGCAGUUCAUGCAGGGGCAGAAUCGGGCAGUGCAGAUGAUGCAAGGGAAGAUUAUGCCACAGGGCCCGGGCAGCAUGCCUGGGGGAGGCUUCCUACCUUAAAACAGCUCUUGUCAGCAGGCAUCAGAUGAAUUGAAUGUUUACACUGACCCGAGUAUAAAGAUGGUUGUGAUGUCAACUUUAUUUAACAGUUUUAGAUAAAUAGUCACUUGUGUAGUGGGAAGUGAUGUUUAGUAGUGUAAAUCAAUAGCACUCAUGUAGCUAAUAGUACCGUACUGAACUGACCCCAAUGGGAGUGGUGCUAAAACUUUUUUUUAAACUGCAUCCGAUUUUAUUGGUAGCCAUAUAAAUUCUGUAGUAAAACUGCCUUGUCAAAACAGAACCUUUCAUCAA